GAGCAAAGCUUCAGUGACACAAUCAAACUAGCAAAGAGACAGACACACGUAGUGAGACACACAGGGAGACAUAUAGUGAGACACAUAGCGUGUGAGACAUAGGGAGACACCGGGAGACGUGUCAAGAGUUUCCAGAGUUGGCGACAUGGACCGGAGGAUGAACUUGAGCGGCGGCGCUGCAGACAUUUUCCACAAAACUCUGAGCGCCGUGUCCAGCAAAAAGAUGGACCCCUUCAGAACCGGCAUCGAGCUGCCACCCCGAGAACACCAGUCGCCGAUCGGCUGCUUCGACCAGGGGGACCCGGACCCCAUUCAGCCCGGAGGACUGGCAGGGGUCCGAGGGGGAGCCCUGGGCUUGCCCACCGGGUCUUUGUGCGUCAAGUACGGGGAGAGCGCCAACCGGACGUCGGCGGCGGCGGAGAGCAGCGGCGGGGAGCAGAGCCCCGACGAUGACAGCGACGGCCGCUGCGACAUGGUCCUCCUGGCCGACGCUCGGACCGGGGUCCCGGGCAAAGCGGAGGGCGGCAAGAAGACCAAAGAGCAGAAGAUGCUGCGGCUCAACAUCAACGCCCGGGAGCGGCGGAGAAUGCACGACCUGAACGACGCCCUGGACGAGCUCCGGGGGGUCAUCCCGUACGCGCACAGCCCCUCCGUGCGUAAACUCUCCAAAAUUGCCACCUUGCUUCUGGCCAAGAACUACAUCCUCAUGCAGGCGCAGGCCCUGGAGGAGAUGCGGCGGCUGGUGGCCUACCUCAACCAGGGCCAGGCCAUCUCCGCCGCGUCCAUACCGGCCACCACUGCCCUCGCUGCCCCCCCCGGCCUCGGCGCCUACGAGCAGCCGCCCGGAUACCCCUUCCCUGCCGGGGUGGCGUCGUCCUCCUGCCCUGACAAAUGUGCCCUGUUCAACAACGCCACCUCCAGCCUGUGCAAGCAGUGCACUGACAAGCCUUAACCCUGCAUGGACACAAUAGACACUUUAUGUGCAGGGGGAGGGUGGGGACAGGAGACCAAGUCCAAGUCCAAGUCAGUCAAGGUUAGAGACUUCCUACUGAUGAAUACUUUUGUAAUGUUGCCAUGCUUUUGUUAAGACAGUACUUGAUUGUGUACAUAAGUCAUCCUUCAAGUGCUGGUGUGAAUGCAAAAGUGAAGACAAGUUUUGUCUCUCAACUCUUUUUGGACAUUUUUUGCUGACCUGACAACUUCCUUCCCCACUUUUAAAAGGGGGGGGGGGGGGGGGGAUCCAACCC